CAAAUAUUUGUGACUGUGGUGGGGGAGGUUCUGAAGGAAAGACGGGUGCUGAGAUGCCGGCAGGCGGCAGUGAGGUGGUGAUUGGGAUCGUCGGCUCCUGAGGGUCAGGUUGGGACUUGUUGAAGGGGAGGAGGAGAGGAGAGGUUGUCGCAAAUGAACUGAGAGAGAGGUGAGGGGAGCUGAGUGCAGGGUGAGCGAGGGAUGUGGACCUUUCAACACACAAUGAUUAGAGGUUAUGCAAAAGAGAAAACUACAGAGAAUAGAUAAAAGCUCCUACUGUGACUUGGGUUAGCUUGCAUGUGGGGUAACCUACUACUGUCCUUAUAGGUCGUUUUGUCCAGCCCUUUCUUGUUGAAAUGAUAUCCUCCCUGGUGGACUUCCACACACUAGGCUAGCUGGCUCUAUUCUGUUCUGUUGUGGUGAAGCCACUAGCGGAGCCAUAAGGAGUAAAUAAUCAUCUUGUUUACAGGAGGUUGGGAGCCAAUUUGUCUCCAUUCAGUUUGUAUUGGAGGAAAGAGUUUAAUAGCUGUUCCUAAAGCUGUAUACAUUUGACAGUGUAUUAUAGCAAUACGAUUUAUAUGUGGCUAUUCUAUUGUUCUUGAACAGAGCUGCCAGUUUGUUAGCAUGUGCAUUUUGAGAGAGAGAGAGAAAUCCACUGUGUGAAUUAUGAGCCUAACUACUAUACUAGUACUGUAACACAUUUCUUUCCAUUCAAAGGUCCUUAAUAUUUCUUCAUGUAGAUCUUAUUAAACACCAGAGAAUUUAGCCACUUGCUUUUUUUGGGCUCAUGCAAAGUUUGUUCUUAAUCACGCCAAGGCUAAUGUUUUAAAUGUAUUAUUCAUUUAGACAUUUCACCCAACCUCGUAAUUCCUCUCAGAUUGGGGGUGUAGGCGGGCAGUUUUUUGUUGUUGUUCCGUGGUCGGUGGUGUUUUUCUCCUCUGUAGUGGAGAAAUGAGAGGCGAUGCCCCAUGCGUGAGCUGGAGAAGGAGAAGAGAGGAGGGGUAGGGAGAAGAGAGGGAGAGAGACCACAGUGUGAAAACGUUGUCUUUGUGGGGACUCAUGACUGCGUUAGCAGGGAGAGAGAGACUAGGCCUGUAAAAACUAUUAGGGGGGGCUUUGGUCGGGAGAGGAUGGAGAACUUCCCUCUCUUUCAAACAUGUGUUAUGAUCUUUUUUCCUUUCACUUUUUUCACAUUUCCUAUUUCUUGGUCAUCCCUCUUGCUCCCAAAAUGAUCUGAUUUCUAUUUUCUUCCCCCACUACUUUUCUCUUUCUUUUAUAUUUAACAUUUUUGUCAUUUAGCAGACACUCUUAUCCAGCGACUUACAGGAGCUAUUUGGAUUAAGUGCCUUGCUCAAGGGCACAUCGACAGAUUUUUCACCAAGUCGGCUUGAUGGUUCGAAACAGCUAAUUUUCUGUUACUGCCCCAACGCUCUUAACCGCUAGGCUACUUGCCGCCCACAUUUCUUGUAACGUAGGCUGUUAAAUAAAAGGUGCUAUAAAAAAUGCUUCUCACCAUCUCUCUUCCCAGUGCAGUGGAUACCCCUUUCUAAUUCUCAGUCUUUUCUCCUCUCUUUUUCUGUUCUCUCUCUCUCUAUCUGUCCCCCUUACUCUCUCUCUCUCCUUCACUCAGACAUAGUUCACACAUAUUGUUGGCUGGCAGUGUCCAGAGACUAGUGUGUAAAUAAGGCCAGUCCAUUUGGCUUGUGUGUGUGUGUGUUCUCUCUGCUCUUUGAUAAUUGGAAGGUGUCCUCUAUUGCCUGGCAGCCUCUCUUAUGGACAAUCCCAAUAUGAGAGCUUUGGCAGACCAAUAAUACUGAUCCCAGGACACUGCCCCACACUGAUGCAUCCAGCAACACACACACAUAAAUGCAUGCACACACACAUACACACAUACACACACACACGGUACAUUUAUACACAUCUUCUUCUGUCUCUCAUGGGGACACACACUCUCAUACAAACACACACAAGACAAAAACGUCACUCCUGACUGACUGUGUGAGUGCCGAGGCUAGAGUGGGGACAGAGUUGGCAUCCCGUACUGUUAGAGUAGACCUUCCACCCCAGAACCCAAUCCCCUCCACCUUCGCCUGCUUCUGCCCACACUGCCCAGUUUACAUUCCCCACACAUGCUGGUGCAGAACAAAUCUAUCGAGAGAGGCGUAGAGAGAGAGCGAAGAUGGAUAGCGAGCGAUGAUAGUGAUAGUAUGAUGCGUCUAGCAGCUAGCGAUAGCUCUGCGUAGCGACUUGAGUCUGAUCUCUCUCUCUCUACUAUACUCUAUCAUCUCUCUCAUCUAUCUAUCAUCUCGCUAUCGUCUUCGUAUCUUUUCUUUCUCUAUCUCUCUUCUCUGUCUCUCUGUGGUUGGCCUGGGGGGGGGGGGGGGGGGGGGGGGGGGGGACUGUUUGUUGAUAAUCUAGAUAAGCUACCAGGCUCCCUAAAAACAAGCCUGGGGUUUCAGGGAUAUGAUAGUAGCCACGCGUUUGGCUAUCUGUUCUGUCUCUGAGGAAGUCCAUGUGGGGGAGGGAUAUUCUUUACAGUAUGUGUGUGCCUGUGUAAGUGAAAACAUAGUGAUUGUAUUUCAUAUAUAAUAUUUUGGUAGUUUUUUGGACUGAUCUUUUUGUGAUUGUGUAUCUAUGUGUACAUAUUCUGUCCAUUUUCCUUAACUUUCUUCUUCUUCUGUCUCUCUGUCUGUGCCCCUCUAGGCCCUUACCCUCGGGCAGUAGCCCCCCCUGGUGGUUGGAGGGGGAUGGAGCGUGGUGGCGGGGAGAGCCCCCGCAUGCAGGACAGUCCUGAGCGGGAACGGCGGGGGGGCAGCCCGGACCUCAGUGGACCCCCGCCAGGGAAGAUAAGGCGUUUGGAGCUCAAUGGGAGCCCCACUGGGCCACGCCUCCUACUCCACAACGGCAACCCACACAGACCUCUGGGAGGUAGGACACUCCAAAACACACCCACCGUGUGCACUUGUACACAUUGAUAGAAACUACCUUCCAUCCAAUGUUUUACACCAAUCCAAUGCUUUUAAAUCCAUGAUGAGGAGUGUGCAAGUGUGGAGAAUCAGGAUACAGCCACAUCCCUGAUAGUUAGUCUCCCUUUGUCUUUGCCCUACUCUCUCUCUCUGGCCCUUACCUUCUGGUAAUUAGGACCAGAACGGGAGUUUUGGACGCACUCCUGACCUUAGUUAUACUGCACAUUGCCAUACACUCUAGAGUUCACAAGGCCCAUUGCAGUAUUACAUAGGACUGUAUAAUAAGCCUAAUCCUUAGCAUUGAGUUUGGAUCAAUUCAAUCCCAUACCAGGCUGUGCUGUUUAGAUCUAGUGCGCUCCAUAAGAGUGCCGUGGGAACUAUAUAACACUGAGGUUAUUGAAUAAAGUAGGGCUAUAUAAAGCUGAUUUAUACUCCUCUCUAGGUUAUCGAUCGCUCUGCAUACAUAAGGUUGUUAAUGUAUGUGUGAGAAUAUACAGUGCACACACACACACACACACACACAAUAGAGAAUAUUAGAGAAGAGACAGGAAACUUGGAGAUGCGCGUGAGAGGAGAUAGGGGGGAAAUGAGGGAGAUGGUACUUCUCUUCCUGUGCCCUAGCAGCAGCUGGAGUGGAUGGUUAGUUUUAAUGAGGAGUUGUCUUUGAAGGUAGGAAACUCAAUGUGUCUCCUCCAAACCACAGCCCAGUCAUGAGGACUAGGCCAAACACACAGUCACAUACAGUGUAUACAUUCUAUGGAACACUCUCACAUUCAGAUGCAUACUAUUGAACACAUUCACACAAACACACUGUAGGCCUAUGAACACUCACACAGUAUACACACAUUCAGUUAUACAGUACAUUCAUAGAUCUCUAGAUUCAUACACUGAACAAAAAUAUAAACACAACAUGUAAAGUGUUGGUCCCAUGUUUCAUGAGCUGAAAUAAAAGAUACCAGAAAUUUUCCAUACGCACAUUAAGCUUAUUUCUCUCCGAUUUUCUGCACAAAUUUGUUUACAUCCCUGUUAGUGAGCAUUUCUAAUUGCCAAGAUAAUCCAUACACCUGACAGGUGUGAUAUAUAAAGAAGCUGAUUAAACAGCAUGAUCUUUACACAGGUGCACCUUGUGCUGGGGACAAUAAACGGCCACUCUAAAAUGUGCAGUUUUGUCACACAACACAAUGCCACAGAUGUCUCAAGUUUUGAGGGAGCGUGCAACUUGCAUGCUGAUUGCAGGAAUGUCCACCAGAGCUGUUGGCAGAGAAUUGAAUGUGAAUUUCUCUACCAUAAGCUGCCUCCAACGUCGUUUUAGAGAAUUUGGCAGUAUGUCCAACCGGCCUCACAACCGCAGACCUUGUGUAUGGCGUUGUGUGGGUGAGCGGUUUGCUGAUGUCAACAUUGUGAACCAUGUGCCCCAUGGUGGUGGUGGCGUUAUGGUAUGGGCAGGCAUAAACUACGUACAACGAAUACAAGUGCAUUUUAUUGAUUAGCAAUUUGAAUGCACAAAAAUACAGCGACGAGAUCCUGAGCCCCAUUGUGAGGCCCAUUUUAUUAAAGGUAUCUGUAACCAACAGAUGCAUAUCUGUAUUCCCAGUCAUGUGAAAUCCAUAGAUUAGGGCCUAAUGAAUUUAUUUCAAUUGACUGAUUUACUCAUAUGAACUAUAAAUCAGUAAAAUCUUUGAAAUUGUUGCAUGUUGCGUUUAUAUUUUUGUUCAGUAUAGAUCACACACAUGCAUAUAUUUAGAGCAUAUACAGUAUUACACAUGUCCAUUGCCCACAUAAUCCCAAUUACUUAACAAGGCUAAAGGAAUCUAGGCAUCCUUCCAGGUACCUCGACUGAGUCGACUGAUAAGCAGAAGACGAGAACUCGAGAGAGUGUACCGGAGAGUGAGACUCGCAUCGACGCAGAGAGAGACGAGCGAUGUUCGACUGACCCAGUUAGUUAGACGCCGCCCGCUUUGAGCAACGAGUGCGACAGAGAACGGAAAUCCCUGUGAUGUUUACUUGAGCAGCAGCAGCGGAACGACGUAGGACCUAGUCACGAGUUAUUGAGACUCUGCAGUAACCGAAUGACUCCAUCUUCUUUAGUGUUACGUCCCCCCUAAUUCAUUGUUCCCCGUGGAUUCUUCAUCUACUUUUUCACCUCUUCACCCCCUGGUUUUUCCACUUUCCCCCAUCCCUUUAUAAUCUAUUAUCGUUCUCCUCGCCUCACCGUUUUGAGGUUGGCCGGGUACCACCCCCCUUUUACGCUAUUCCUCUCGCAUCCUUUCCCGACCCGGAUCCUCCUCUCGGUUCCUCGUCACGUCGCUGGUCGACUGUUCUUUGUUUCACGCGUUACCCUAAUGUCCCUUACAUCGUACUGACCUUUCAAACACCAUUUUCUGCAUCAACUUCCUCCUGAUAUCCGUGUAUCAUCGUUCUCAUCUGUCUCUAAUUGCAGUUGACAUCACCCCCCUUUCCUUUUCCUAACUUACUUGAUUUCCCUCAUACAUCCUAAAGGUCUCCGCUUUCCAGCGUAUCACUUUAUACUUCACCCGUCCCCUUUUCUUUUCGCGUUGCGAGUGUCCUUGCCACCUCAUACUACCACACCUGACACACCCGCUGUCCUGCUAGGCGUUUCUUCCCUUCACCUUGACUUACCCAUUUUACAUCACCUCUCCCGUCUUUUCCUUCUUACUUGUCUGUUGCUCUUCCACUAUUCCCUCCACCUGACGUUUCCCUCCUCUGUGUUAUUAAUGCUCCGACGAGAUUCGGAGAGAGAGAUGAGAGAUGAGAGACGAGAGAGAGGAGAGAGUACGUAAGGAGAGAGAGAGACUUUGCUCAUUGACCGGAUGAGAGUAGAGAGGGGGAGAGAGAGAGAGGAGAGAGAGAGAGGGGAGGAGGAGGAGAGAGGGAGAGAGAGAGAGAGAGAGGAGAGAUGGAGCUGCUCUGUGUUGACAGUUAUAUUUCCCUGUUGGGGGAAAUUCACUUACUUGAAUUGGCACAGAGCUACAGUGUGUAAUUCACUCCAUAAGAGCCCAUCGAACUGCAAGCCGGGAUGAUUAAUGGAGAGGAAAUAGAAAUAUAGGAAUUGACUGAUUAAAACAAGGGAGGGGGGGGGGCUCUAAUGGUGCUGCUGUACUGUGUGUGUGUGUGUGCGUGUGUGUGUGUGUGUGUGCGUGUGUGUGUGUGUGUGGUAUUGCUCUACUCUUAUUAUUAGUGCUGGGUGUUUGCCUAAUGCUCAGACCCUCAUUUCUUGUGAGAGCCUUAAUUAAUUGCCAGUCGACAGGUGGCCUACAAUCAAAAGCUUUCAGGAAAAAUAGGGAUAUUGGUGAAGGAGAACUCAUGUUGUUGCUGUUAGCCAAAAGGAUAGUGAUAUCUGAUAGUGGGGUGGGAUUUUGGGAGUGGGACCAAAAAUAAAAAAUACAAAUUCCCAUAAUGAAAGAUUGAGAAUUAGUCUAGUUUAAAUGUUGACUAUUGUGUUAACCAGCUACUAUUGCUACUGCUUACAAGUUAUCAUUCUAUAGUGCGCUACAUAAUAACUACUGUAGUAGGGUGAGGAUCUACAGAAAACCACAGCAGUUGAAACAAUAUUGAAUAUGGGGCGAAAAACAUCAUGCCUAGAUAGCUGGGAGUGAAAGAGCCCUAGUUGUCAACUGAUGUGGUCAGGAAAAACUCCUGGCCUCUACUCACUGCAUUCUUUGACAGUUUGUGUGACUGCCCGACCGACGUUGGUGACCUGUGGGCAGGUAACGGUGCCAGGUCUGAUGUGAAAGAAGGCUCUGGGCAGUUAAGAAAAGUAUGUAGGCAUGGUGUGGACCAUUAUCACUCUGGGAACGGUUACCAUGCUCCAGCUUUAUCCAUGAAAUUAGCAGUUCAAUUAUAAAUAAUCUACAAGGACCUGCAAUAAAUCGUCCAAAGCAGAGCCGUUCGAACUUGCAUAGCAUGUCUACUAAAUUAUGGAAGUGAUAAACUGAUAAAGGACACAAUAGCUUGUAUUAGCGUUUGAUCCAGAAAGCACCAACUGUACUCUUGUGGCAUUCAAUCAAUGUAAAUAACUUAUGAAAAGCAGUCUCAAGCUUAUCAAUAUCAAUUGAUAUUGACACUUUGAAUGGUGAUUCUCUCUGCUAACCUUUUAUGAUGUCUUUGGAUAGCCAUUGUUAUUUCACCUUUAAUCUAAAGAAUAUCCUUGCCAUUAGAUUAGGUCCUCUGUAGCUCAGCUGGUAGAGCACGGCGCUUGUAACGCCAAGGUAGUGGGUUUGAUCCCCGGGACCACCCAUACGCAAAAAAUGUAUGCACGCAUGACUGUAAGUCGCUUUGGAUAAAAGCGUCUACUAAAUGGCAUAUUAUUAUGUUAGCUACUGUCUAUUACUUGGAGAGGAUUUAAGAGACAAUACUACAACUGAAUAAACAGCCAUUGAAAUUAUCCAUUGAUUGUUUCAGGUAAUUUGCAUUUGCACAUUUCAAAAGAACUAUACAUAUAAUAUAUAAAGUAUUCCAUGCAGACCUAAUUAGACUGAAUAUUUUACCUUCUUAGCAUAAGAUUUACUUAGCCUAACAUUGGGUCAAUUGAAUGAUGCUUAAGAGGGCGAAUACUACGGAUGAGAUGCGUAGUCGCUAGCUUCUGAUCUUGAUCUCUUCCGUAGCUCGCCUCCGCUCUCCUCUCUAUCGCUUGCUCAUCUACUCUCUUCUCUCUCUACUCUCUCUCUCUCUCUCUCUCUCUCUCUCUCUCUCUCUCUCUCUCUCUCUCUCCCAUGUCCCCCCCUCCAGGUCUGAUGAUCCCAGUGUUCUGUGUGGUGGAGCAGGCAGGGCCUGAUGGAAGGAUGCAGCGUGAACGAGAGCGUGAGGAAGUGGAGAGGAAUGAGGGACACAGAGAGGAGCAUGCUGAGUUUGUCCUGGUCAGGAAGGAUAUCCUCUUCAACCAGCUGGUGGAGACGGCCCUGCUGGCCCUGGGGUACUCCCACAGCUCAGCCGCUCAGGCCCAUGGUGAGUACUGUAGCCUACACACUGACCCACAGUCAGACUACUGUAUCAACGAAGCACCAGCCAUAAAGACUCUACCUGCUACUGAGUUAGAGCUG